UUGAACUGUCCCGUCAUACCUCGCGUGGCCAACGGCUCUCUCCACCGAGUGCUCGUUCAUUGAAUUGCUUCUCUCAACCUGUUCAGCUCGAUUUAGUGAAAUAAUUUGGAGCAAACCAGUCCGGACUGGCUUAUUAACACCUGUUAUCUACCACACACUUCCCCGGCCUACUGUUUAUCUGACUGCGGCGGUGGGGCGUGCUUUCCCGGGCUCGCUGGCUGGGUUUGGUCGGGGAGGCAGGGGGAAGUACGGAGCUGCUCCCGAGUGAUGAUGGAGCUGGAGUCGGCCAGUAAUAGAAGCGAACUGGGAGCUGUGGGGGACUCGUUGCAACCACAGACUCCCAGCAGGCAUGAAAAGAGCCUAGGGCUGCUCACAACCAAGUUUGUGACUUUACUACAAGAGGCAAAGGACGGAGUACUGGAUCUGAAAGCGGCAGCAGACACCUUGGCAGUGCGGCAGAAACGACGCAUCUACGAUAUCACAAAUGUGUUGGAGGGAAUUGGACUAAUAGAGAAGAAGUCCAAGAACAGCAUCCAGUGGAAGGGUGUAGGUCCAGGCUGUAACACCAGAGAGAUAGCCGAUAAGCUAAUUGAUCUGAAGGCCGAGCUAGAUGACUUGGCUCUCAGGGAACAUGAGCUGGACCAGCAGAGAGUGUGGGUUCAGCAGAGCAUCAAGAAUGUCACGGACGACUCAAACAACAGCCCUAUGGCAUAUGUAAAACAUGAAGACCUCUGUGGAGCUUUCAAAGGUGACACACUCCUGGCAAUCCGUGCUCCCAUUGGCACACAGCUAGAGGUCCCCAUACCAGAAACUGUCCUCAAUGGACAGAGGAAAUACCAGAUCCGUCUCAAGAGUUCAGCUGGUCCCAUCGAGGUUUUGCUGGUCAAUAAGGACCCGUCCAGUGCUUCUCCUGUUGUUUUGCCAGUCCCCCCUCCAGAUGAUGUCCUACAAAGCCUCCCAGCACCAACACCUACCUCUCAGCCACCCAGUGCUGCCUCGCAGGUCCCCAAAGCAGCUCUAGCAACUUCUAUAAAAUCUGAUCUUGCCACAACAUCAGCUACAGCCGCCAACCAGACAGCCCCGGUAACAGAAGUGACAAGCAACACGUCACUUACCCCAACAAGCGAAACAUCUACUUCAGUUACUCAGCAACUACAGUCUUCUGCCUCGUUGGAUGGAUCUGCAUCCUCUUCUGUCUCUGCAGUGUUUGAACCAAUUAAGUCAGAUCCUUCUGAAUUGCUGGACUUUCCCAAAGAGCUCUCUGACAUGUUUGAUCCAACAAAAGGUAAACUUCUCUCAGAGAUUAUCAGUGGAGACCUGUUGGAGGACUUGAUGUCAUCAGAAGUGUUCUCGCCUCUCCUCCGUCUGUCCCCUCCACCCAGUGACCACGACUACAUAUACAACCUGGAUGAGACAGAAGGUCUGUGUGACCUCUUUGACGUCCCAAUUCUCAACCUCUGACCCAUGAGAUUGUUGUCAGAGUGAGAAGCAUUUUCUUAGACAUGCUGAUCCACCUUCAUUUUCCCCAACCUCCAAACCCCUCACCACCACCACCACCACCAGCACCACCCUCCUCACUGACAGUGAAGGUGAGAAGAGGUGCAGGAAAGCCCUUAUGAUCUGAUGAGCUUUCAAGAUCGCCUCUGCACUGAUGCAGUGAGCUCAAGCUGAGUUCAGCCACACAGCGCCUCCAUGUACAGCCUUGGGAAGAAAUACAAACGAGAACAAAGCAUUUUACUUACUGCUUUUCUGAGGAAAUAUAGUCAAAACAAAUGACAAAUAAUUAUAUUUUUGGAUUGUUAUGUAUGAUAAAACAUGUUUGUGUAUCAGCUUUCCUGUGUGUGUGUGUGUGUGUGUGUGUGUGUG